UUUACCCGCUGUUAGGCGCAUUAAUGGGGCCAGUGCUUCGGAACGUUGCAUGGGCACCGAGGUCACGGGACCGAAUAGUGACAAGAGGAGUCUUUGUCCCCACUACACAGAGGGAUGUGUCCCGCGCCCGGACGGGAAGAGUGCCGCGCACGGGACCCCGCUUGAUGACCAGAGUUCUCGGCCGGUCUCUGCCCACAAGCUCCAUGGCAGCAGUCGAGCUGAAAGACACGGCUCAGGGCUCUGUGUCCUUUGAGGAUGUGGCCAUUCACUUCUCCCAAGAUGAGUGGAGACUCCUUGAUGAGGCUCAGAGAAUACUGUACAGCGAUGUAAUGUUGGAGAUCUUUGCAAUCAUAGCCUCUCUGGGUUAUUGCCAUGGAACAGAGGAGGAGGAGGAGUCUUCUGAGCAGAAUGUCUCUGUAGAUGGAGUGUCGCAGGUCAGCACUCCACAGGCCAGUCCAUGCACCCAGAAGACUAACCUUUGUGAGAAGUGUGUUUCAGUCUUGAACAACAUUUUCCAUCUCUCCAAGCAAAAAGCAAGUUCUGGACAGAAAGCAUACUUGGGUGGGGCAUGUAUGAGAGCCUUCUGGCUCAGUACAAACCUUCCGCAGCACCAGAAGCAUCACAGUGGAGACAAAUCCUUUAGGAGGGAUAUGGAUGGGGCCUUGUUUGUGAAGAGCUGCAAAUUCCAAGUGUCCAGGCAGCCCAUCACCUGUACGGAGCCUGGGAAGGACUCCCUGUUACCCUCGAAACUUCUCCAGCACCAGACCACACCCAACAGUGAAAAGCCCCUAAUCAGGCUUGAAUAUGGGGAGUCCUUUCAGAGUAGAAGGUGUCAUUACAAGUAUGAACGUGGGAAAGAUGUUAGACACAGUCACACAGUUGAUGAUCAUCAGAGCGUCUGCAUUGGAGAGGGGCUUUGUGAGAGUAGCAAAUGUGGGAAAGCCAUCAGUUGCAAUUACAGACUUGUUCAGGAGUGUGGAAUUCACACUGAAGAAAGGUUGUAUGAAUGCGGUGAAUGUGGGAAAAUUUUUAGACAGUUUUCCGGCCUUAUUAAUCACCGGCAGAUUCACACAGAUAGAAGGCCUUAUGGAUGCAGCCAGUGUGGAAAAUUCUUUACCCACAAGUCCAUCUUCAUAAAGCGCCAGGAAGUCCACACUGGAAAAAGGCCUUAUGAGUGCAGUGAAUGUGGGAAAUGCUUUAGUCAUAGGCCUAACUUUAUUGUACACAAGAGAAUUCACACUGGAGAAAGGCCUUUUGAGUGCAGUGAAUGUGGGAAAUGUUUUCGCCAAAACCGUCAACUUUCUGAACACAAAAAAAUUCACACUGGAGAAAGGCCUUAUGAAUGUCGUGAAUGCGGUAAGUCCUUUAGCAGAAAUGGCAGCCUUACAAGACAUAGGCAAGUUCACAUUGGAGUUAGGCCUUAUGGGUGUGGUGAAUGUGGGAAAUCCUUUCGCCAAAGGUAUAUUCUUAUUCAACACCAGAGAAUUCACACAGGAUCACAUCCUUAUGAAUGUGGAGAGUGUGGGAGAUCAUUGCGUGAUCCUUCCAGCCUCAUUCGACAUCAAAGAAUCCACAGUGGAGAAAGGCCUUAUGAGUGCAGUGAAUGUGGAAAGUUAUUUAGGAAUAACUCCCAUCUUAUUGCACACAAGAGAAUUCAUACUGGAGAAAAGCCUUAUGAGUGUAGUGAAUGUGGGAAGUCCUUUAGCCGAAGCUACACCCUUAUUCAACACCAGAGAAUUCACAGAAGAACAAGUCCUUAUGAGUGUGGAGAAUGUGGGAAAUCAUUGUGCAAUCACUCCAGCCUUGUUCAACAUCAAAGAGUGCACACUGGAGAAAGGCCUUAUGAGUGCAAUGAAUGUGGGAAACUCCUUAGCAGUAGUUCCACCCUCAUUCAACACCAUAGAGUCCACACUGGAGAAAGGCCAUUUAAGUGCAAUGAAUGUGGGAAGUCCUUUGGCUGUAGCUCCACACUUAGUAAACAUCGGAGAGUGCAUACUGGAGAAAGGCCUUAUGAGUGCAGCGAAUGUGGCAAGCUGUUUAGGGACAGAUCCCACCUUAGACUACACAAGAGAAUUCACACCGGAGAAAAACCUUAUGAAUGCAAUCAAUGUGGGAAAUCCUUUACUCGAAGCUCCACCCUUUCUGAACACCAGAGAAUCCACACAGGAGAAAGCCCUUAUGAGUGCACAGAAUGUGGGAAGUUGUUUAGGAAUAGAUCCUACCUUGUUGUACACAAGAGAAUUCACACUGGAGAAAGGCCUUACGAGUGCAGUGAAUGUGGGAAAUCCUUUUUCAGUAGCUCCAGCCUUAGUAUACACAAGAGAACUCACACUGGAGAAAGACCUUAUAAGUGCAGUGAAUGUGGAAAAGCCUUUAGUCGAAGCUGCAGCCUUACUCAACACCAGAGAAUUCACAAAGGAGCAAAUCAUUAUGCCUGUGGCAAAUGUGGGAAAUCAUUUAACAAUCAUUCCAGCCUGAUUAAUCAUCAGAGGGUCCACACUGGAGAAAAGCCUUAUGAGUGCAAUGAAUGUGGAAAGUUGUUUAGGAAUACCUCUCAUCUUACUGUACACAAGAGAAUUCACAGUGGAGAAAAGCCUUAUGAGUGCCAUGAAUGUGGGACAUGUUUUCGCCAAAAGUGUAAACUUAUGAAACACAGUAAAAUUCACACUGGGGAAAACAUUUAAGAGUGCAGUGAAUGUGGAAGGUGGUUUAGCAGUAUCUCCCACUUUACUGUACACAGUGAGAUGUGUGUAUACACACACACACACAAUUUCCUAUUUACAAGAUUUAACAAGAUCAUUAAAAUAUUAUAAACAGUGUAUAUUUAAAUUGUACAAACUGAUAAAUUUUGACAGGUGCAUACCAUCUGCACAAAACCACAAGCGUAGGAUAAUGAACGUAGCAAUCAGUGUCAAACAUUCCUUCAAGCUAGUGUUUAAUCCUGCCCUCCUGGAGCUCAUUUUCCACGUCACUGCAGACAACCACAUUUUUGAUAUUUGUUACUAUAGGCUCAUUUGCAUUUUCUAGAAUUUUGUAUAAAUGAAAUCCUGUAGUAGAUACUCCUUUUGUGUGUCUUUCAGCAAAAUUAUUUGAGAAUUAUUUAUGUAGGGAAAUACCAAUAGUUCAUUGCUUCUCAUUUAUGGAGGAGUAGUCUAUAAGGUCGCUAUGAAUCAGAAUUAACUCACUGGUGACAAGUUGUUUGGUUGGGUUAUUGUUGGGAUACACCAUGAUUGUUUUAUUUAUUCAGCUUUUGAUGGCUCUGUUGUUUGGGGCUUUUAAAAAUCAAGCUGCUAUGAACAUUCAAGUAUGAUACUUUGUAUAUAUGGACGUAUUCUGUCAUUUCUCCUGAGCAUAUAACUACUAGUGGAAUGGCAGGGGCAUAUGGUAGAUGUAUAUUUGACUUAUUUUUGUUUUUUUUCAAUUCCAACCUGUUUGCAGUGUGUUUGUACCAUUUUACAUUCCCAGCAGUAGUAAAUGAGAGUUCCAGUUGAUCCACAUCCUGGCCAAAACAUGAUAUGGUCAGUCUUUUUAACUUUAGAUAUUCUAAUAAGUGUCUAGUGAUACCUCCUUGUAACUUUUUUUUUGAUUGUGCAUUAGGUGAACGUUUACAGGUCAGGUUGAUUUCUCAUAUAAAAAUGUAUACAUGUUCUUAUAAUUUUUAUUUGCAUUUUCUUAAUGAACAAUGAUUUGGAGUAUCAUUUCAUGUGAUUAUUUGUCACCUAUGUGUCUUUUCUGGGAAAGUGUCCAUAUUUUCUGCCCAUUUUAAAAUUAGAUUUUUUGUUUUCUCAUUAGUGAGUUUUGAAAGCUCAUAUUUUGGAGACAAGCCUUUUAUCAUAUAUGCAAUUUACAAGUGUUUUCUCCAAGUCAAUGACUUGUUUUACUUUUCAUAAUGUUGUCUUUCAAAGAGCAGAUUUUUAUUUUUAAUGAAGUCCAGCUUGUCAUCGUGAUUCUUCAUGGAUUGUACUUUUUGUUUUACCCAAGAAGUUUUUGCAAAGUCCAAAGUUACAGUUUCCCCUAUGUGUUUUACUAGAUAUUUUAUAGUUUUAAGCUUAAACUUAGAUCUUUGAAUCAUUUUGAAUUAUUUUGUAUGUGUGUAAAGGUCACACAUGAGGUAAAUGUCGAACUUUUUUAGAUUUUUUUUUGUGGGGGGCAUAUGAUCAUUCUGUAUUUCCAGCAGUAUUUGUUGCAAAGUUUAUCCUUUCUUUAUUGAAUUGCUUCAGUAAAUUCCUUUAUUUUGGUGAAAUAUUGAUAUAUCACGUAUUCAUUGACCAUAUAUAUGUAUGAAUCUAUUUCUGACCUUUUUUGAUUCUUGAAUACAAGUAAUGUUGGCCACAUAGAAUUAAUUGGGAAGUAUCCUGUCCUCUCCAGAUUUUUCAGAAUAUGUAACACAGAUAUUGUUAAAAAUUAUUUUUUGAUGUUGUUCAAAAAAUACACAGCAAAACAUACACCCACUCAAUAAAUUCUACGUGUACAUUCAGUGACAUGGAUUACAUUCUUCAAGUUAUGCAACCAUUCUCACCCUCCUUUCCCAAAUUGUUCCUCCUGCAUUAACAUUUACUCACUGCUCACUAAGCUUCUUAGCCAACCUUUCAAGUUGCUGGUGUCAACUUGAUGUCAUAAAGAUAGCUCUUUAAAACAGCAUGGUACUCAAAGCAGUCAUUCUUUACUAAUUUAGCUAAAUUAUUGUUGGUUUAAAGACUUCAGGGGAUAUUUUUGGCUUAAGGUUUAAAGAUUAUCUUAGGGCAGUAGUUAAUGGGGGGUUCAUCCAGCCUCAGUGUCUCCAGAAAGUCUGGGUUCUGUGUGAAUUUGAAAUCCUGUUCAAUGUUUUUCCCCUUUUAUCAUGAUUCCUCUAUAGAAUUUUUGAUCAAAAUGUUGAAGUAAUGAUAGCCGGGCACUGUCCAGUUCUGGUCUCAUGACAAAGGAGGCAAUUGUUCAUGGAGGCAAUAAGCCAC